AUGGAUUCUAACCAAACAUACCCCACGGUCACAGGGCCGCUGUCCUCUACCGAAACAGCUAUGCUGGAGGUGCUAGUCCCUGGGUAUGGAUUUAUAUCACGCAUUUUGAUGUCAUACCUCAACAUCGAUAUCAAUGCCUACAUCCAACUGGUGGUCGCAAUGGCUGUCUUCGGCGCCAGUUUUCGAUACGUCUACAACCAAGUCUCAACAUACUUCAGCCAGUAUUUCGUAUCAAGAGCUGAAAUCCGCCUCGAUGAUGAGAUUUUCAACUACCUGAUGUAUUGGAUUUCACGUCAAUCCCACAUGAAACAGACGAAUCGAUUUGUGGCAGGUAUCAAAAGCAAUGGAUACUGGAGCGACGACGAGGACUCAGAUGCCGGAGAUCAAGACGACGAUUGGGACAAGCUAGGUGACGAUGGAAAACCCGCCUCCUUCGAUGACUGCUGGGCAAAGGUGCUCAGCCGCGACAAGUACAAGACCCUCCGCUUUACCCCAGCACAGGGCUCCCACUACUUCUGGUACCGCAACCGCCCCAUCAUGCUAGAGCGAUUGCGCCAGGAAGGGAGCGCACGCUGGGUCCUGAACAACGAGCGACUGUAUCUAUCAUGUCUUGGUCGGGACCCAACCAUCCUUAAGACGUUGCUGGCAGAAGCGCAGCAGGCAUACGUCGAGCGCGAUGGGAAUCUCACUGUCAUUUAUCGCGGUCAAAGGGCAUGCGCCACCUCCCCAUAUGACUGGUACCGGGGAAUGGCCCGACUGCCGCGUCCUCUUUCUACUGUUAUUCUCGACCAGGAACAGAAACAGUCCUUUAUCAAUGAUAUCAAGGAAUAUUUGCACCCUCGUACCCGUCGCUGGUAUUCUAAUCGUGGUAUCCCCUAUCGACGUGGAUACCUCUUCCAUGGCCCUCCUGGAACUGGAAAAACGAGUUUGUGUUUUGCUGCUGCGGGUCUAUUGGGAUUGAAGCUUUACCUGCUCAAUCUUAAUUCCACAGCUUUGGACGAAGAUGGUCUCGCGUCUCUAUUUGCGGCCCUGCCGCGGCGAUGCAUUGUUCUUCUUGAAGAUAUUGAUGCGGCAGGUAUCACCAGCACUCGAGGCAAGACUAUUAUCUCAACCCCGGAGCCAACAAUCGAUGAGACUAUCCCUAGCGAGGGAGAUGGUGAUGCGGAUGCGACUGUUGUCCCUGAGACGCCUGCCAAAGGCGGCGUCACACUCUCGGGUCUUCUGAACGUCAUAGAUGGUGUUGCUGCUAGCGAAGGACGGAUCCUUGUUAUGACCACGAACCACGCUGAUAAGUUGGACCCUGCUCUUCUCCGGCCUGGUCGUGUUGAUAUGACUAUCAACUUUGGUUAUACCAGUGAAGCGGAUAUCAGGGAGAUGUUCAUAUCUAUUUACAACACAACAAAGAAUGACAUCCGGCGUGGGAAGAGACCACGAACGGCCAGUAAUGGCUCUGCCAAGUCCUCAGCUAAGUCUACCGCUGAGGAGAGGAGGAAUUUUGAAGACCCCCAGCUUGGAGAUGAGAAGGAUUUAUUGCAGGAUGCUCUUCAACCCCUUCAAUCGCGCAUUUCUCGUCUUGCUGAUGAAUUUGCUGCUAUUGUUCCCAGUGGUGAGUUGACCGCUGCUGAGAUCCAGGGUUAUCUUCUCAAUCACAAGGAGAUUCCUGAAGCGGCAAUUCGGAGUGCACCAGAAUGGGCACAAAGCACACUGGAGAAAAAACGUGCGAGGGAGGAGAAGGACAAAUUUUCUUAG